UUGUGUCCACUUCUUUGAGAAACUAGCAACAACCAAAGUUUAGUUCUGUUUCUACUCUUGAGCAAUGAUGCAAAAAAUUGUCAUAAGAGUACAUCAUAACUGCAAGAAAUGUCAAUCAAAAGCCUUGAUGAUUGCUGCUAUGUCAACUGGAGUCAACUCGGUGGCACUAGAAGGGGAGAAGAAAGAUAAAGUGGUGAUAAUAGGAGAAGCAGUAGAUGCAGCAGGCAUUACCAGUUUAUUGAGGAAGAAGGUAGGCCACGCCAGCCUGGAGCUUGUCGAUGAAGUCAAGUGAAGAAGAAGUCGGAGAACUGAGCUGCAUU